AUGGUUGGUCAAAUUACUGUGGUAUGCUUACACCAUAUCUUACAAAAAGGGCAAGAAGAUACUGUUACUGAUGAUUUUUCUAGGAGAGAGGAUUCAAUCCAGUUAUAUAGCAUCUCUGGGUAUCAGUCUGGUUCACCUGUUAAGGCUCACUACAAGUGGCAAAAUGGCAUUCUGAGCAGGAAAGGCAAAAUUAUGGUAGGUGCUGAUGAGAAACUGAGGAAGAAACUGAGGUGCAAGCAUGAGAAUGUAGCUUAUCCAGGUUUGUUGCAGCCCCUCCCCAUUCCAUCAAUGGUAUUGCAGGACAUUUCUAUGGAUUUCAUUGAAGGCCUACCCAAAGCUAGAGGCAAGGAUGUCAUUUAUGUGGUCGUGGAUAGGCUAAGUAAGGAUGCACACUUCAUUCCUUUAAGGCACCUGUACUCAGCCUUGGAAGUAGCCCAAGCCUUUAUGGACAACAUCUUUAAGCUACAUGGCAUGCCCAAGUCGAUUAUGGCAGACAUGGAUGUGCUAGAGGCUGUGGAUAGAGGUUUACAAGCAAGAGAGGCUACUUUGAGAGCUGUGAAAGCUCACCUGCUCAAAGCUCAAGAUAGGAUGAAGGCUCAUGUAGAUAAAGGCAGAACUGACAGAACCUAUGCAGUUGGGGAUUUGAUCACUCACAAAGUUGGAGUUGUUGCCUACGCACUAGCCUUACCAACUCAUUCAAAGAUUCAUCCUACCUUCCACAUAUCCCAGCUCAAGAAGAAGAUUGGCAACCACCUAAUUUCACCGGUCCUACCUACUGUUCAUACUGAACAUGGUUAUGUUCUGAUGGCUUCUGAAGCUAUUUUGGAUAGACGCCUAGCUCAAAAACAUGGGCGUGCUACUACUCAAACACUUGUCAAAUGGCUCAACACAGGACUAGAGGACAACACUUGGGAGGAUCUACAUGACUUCCAACUGAGAUUUCCCCAUUUCAAUCCUUGA